AUGGUGGACCUGGGUGAACCUCCAACUCCUGCAGACGAAGCUGAUGGCACACUACUGAUCCCUGAAGACUCCUACGACGUCAUUGACGUGAGCGCUAACAACAUCAGUGAGAGCGGUGGCUGGGUGCACUACAAUGAGUCGUGGACCGACACAGAGAAGAGGCGGUGGCUGCAGCUUCUGUUUCUGCAUCAGGAAACCGAGUGUCGAAAGCUACAGCUACAGGAGGCAGCCGACACCUCUACUACUGAAGAGGGAGGUCCCUGGUGUCCCCGGGUGUGGGACAAAAUGCUGUGUUGGAGCCCCACUGCUCCCAACACCACCACCUCACAGCCCUGCCCUCACUACGUCCCCGGCAUUAGGCCUCAGGUCCCGGCGUGGCGCAGGUGUGGAGCAGACGGGGUUUGGGAGGGCGGGCAAGAAUUGGGCUGGACCAACUACACUUUAUGUCUCGGUACGGCGCCUAAUUCUUCCAGCGUCUUGCCUGUCACCGUGCUCGGGGAGUGGUUGCCUACCAUCAAGAGGAUGUCCCUAAUAGGCUACAGUGUGUCCCUGGCAACUCUGGUCAUCUCCUUCACCAUCCUGGCGUCUCUCAGGAGGCUGAGGUGCCCAAGGAACUUGCUUCACUUGCACCUGUUUGGGUCCUUCAUGCUUCGCGCCCUCGUGGUGUUGCUCAAGUCUUCACUGCUGCUGGACGGCGUGGCGCUCCCCAUCAACUUCAGCAUCCAGGACGGCGAGGCGCACUUCAAUGACGACAGCCAGACAUGGGCAUGCAAGCUGAUGAUCUGUGUGUGGCAGUACUUCAUCCUGGCCAACUACUCAUGGCUGCUGAUGGAAGGGCUCUACCUGCAUAGCCUCAUCUUCAUGGCUUUAUUCACAGAUUCUUCAGCAAUCACCCUUUACAUCCUUCUGGGUUGGGGCCUGCCACUUGGAUGUGUGGCAAUGUGGGCCACGCUGCGGGCCACACUUGAUGACACCCACUGCUGGACUGUCAACAAUGUGCAGUGGAUCUUCUGGGUUAGCAUUCGAGCACCUGUCGCCAUCUCAAAUCUCAUCAACUUCUCUUUUUUUCUGAAUGUAGUUCGGGUUCUCAUCCUCAAACUUAGGUCUUCUAUCUCUGCUGAGUCCAUGAAGUACAGGAAGCUUGGCAAGUCUACGCUGGUACUGGUGCCUCUAUUUGGUGUCCACUAUUUUGUGCUGUGGGGACUCUCCACCUCCACCAACACCUAUGUAGAGCUAGUCUGGCUUUUCCUUGAUCAAGUUUUUGCUUCCUUUCAGGGCUUCUUUGUGGCUGUGUUAUACUGCCUCAUGAAUGGUGAGGUGCGUCAGGAGCUGCGAAAACUGUACAACCGCUGGUACAAAGGCGACCCUCUUGUUGUUAACUCCCAGUCUACUAUGAUCUCCCACACCAAAACCUAUGCCAGCCGCGGCAGGACAUCCCUCCAUUCCAUUCACUCACAAGCCGAGCGGAAGGACAGGCAGACUCCAUCACCACAGAUGGCACGCUCUAUCGGCAGUGAUGCACCUAACUUCCCUUGUCCCAACAAUGCCUCUGCUUCACCCUCUCCAACAGCCACUCUUACCCCAACCUACAACUCCAAGCAUCACUCCAGGGAUGUGACUCCUAGCAGAGUUUCAUCAGAUCUCUGUGAUGAAACAAUUGAAAUGCAGACCUGCUCAACUCUUGAGGAGCCUCAAGGAAAAUCCCAACUAGAUGAAAACCAUCACUCACUCUUGCUUCCCUCAUCUCCUAAGUCAGUCAAUAUGGACCAACAGGUGACCAAAAAUGGGCUGGGGCUGGAGGCAGCUUUGUGCGGCAUGGUCAAAGUGGCAUGGAGGCAGGAGGUGGAACGGCGGAGCAUGGCCUGCCUGGACGCCGGCUGGGGCGAGAGUGAUGCAGAUUAA